AUGCGACUCAAUCGGAGUGAAUUUGCAGGCCUUGAUGAGCGCCACGCUGACUUGGAACGGACUGACAAAGCUGAUACCGCGAGUCGAAAGCUACAAAUCAAGAACACCCGCGACACCAAGGGACACGAAGGCGAGAGGAAAAGAUUCGCGGAAGAAAUGCUUUUGAAUGAGCAGGUCGAGAAGUUGAACUUUGUGCUGAAGAGUGGAAAAGAAAAAGCUGAGAGUGGGAAAAUCCGAGUGGAGGGGAGAGCGUCACGCUAG